GGGGCGGGCUAGAGGUUUUACGAGGAAAAAUAGACACAAUUUGCACCAUAAAAACUGGUACCGAGCAAUAGUUUGAUAAGGAUUAAUGCUUGGCGUGCAUAAUGGCAGAGGAUGUAAACUACCCACCCUUCCAGCUGGGAAAAUCCCGAUACGACCAGGGUACAUUUUUUGGAAGAUUAAGGCAUUACUUGGAUAUUAUUGACCCAAGGACACUCUUUGUGACUGAGGUUCGUCUGAAGGAGUCUGUAAAACUUCUGGAAGACUACAAACAUGGAACAUUGCCCCCAAGAGUUUCUAACACACAACUUUGGGAGGCACAGAAGAUAAAACAGGCGAUCAUCCACCCAGACACCCAGGAGAAAAUUUUGAUGCCCUUUCGCAUGUCAGGCUACAUUCCUUUUGGAACCCCAAUAGUUGUUGGACUCCUCCUACCCAACCAGACCUUGGCCUCUACAGUCUUCUGGCAGUGGCUGAACCAGAGUCAUAAUGCCUGUGUCAACUAUGCAAACAGGAAUGCCACCAAGCCUACUCCAGUCUCCAAAUUCAUCCAAGGAUACCUAGGAGCAGUUACCAGUGCUGUGUCCAUAGCUGUGGGAUUGAAUAUUCUCAUCCAGAAAGCUAAUACGUUCAGUCCCUCAACUCGCUUACUGAUACAGAGAUUCGUCCCUUUCCCAGCAGUUGCUAGCGCCAAUAUCUGCAAUGUGGUUCUGAUGCGGCACAGCGAAUUGGCAGAGGGAAUUGAUGUUUUGGAUGCCAAUGGAAAUGCUGUGGGGUCCUCAAAGAUUGCUGCCAAACGUGCAUUGAUGGAAACAGCAUUGACCCGUGUCGUUUUACCAAUGCCCAUCCUUGUAUUACCUCCACUUAUCAUGUCCUUUUUAGAAAAGCUGCCGCUGCUUCAGACCCAAAGGAGUCUGGUCCUCCCUGUCCACAGCCUUGUAUGCCUUGCAGCCUUUGGACUUGCUCUGCCUCUUGCCAUCAGCCUCUUCCCUCAGAUGUCAGAGUGCAGUGUAUCCCGGAACAAUGAAAAUUUAGGAACUAACAACCAGCGAGGAGACAUCCGUGUCCUUUCUUCAGGACACAGGUUGAAGUAUCAAAACUGGAACCUGAGAUUGCAAUGGCAACCACUGGCAGAACAGUUGUUUACAACAAGGGUCUGUAAUGAAGUGCAACAGAUGGUCUUACUGGUCACAGCCUUUCAGACCUCUUGGAGUCCUUAGGAACUAAUCAAUAUAAAACACUCCUGUGCUAAACCACUUAAUUAUAAAGGUGCUAGUUUAACAAUACACAGUAGAGUCUGUCUGACUUUACUCAGUACUCACAUUUUUAAUGACCACAAUAAUGCUUUAAAUACAACAUUUGGAAAGCUAAGAAUGCAAGAUACGUUGGUAUAUAACAACACUAAUAACAUUCAUAGCAGUUGCCACAGCAAAGAGACAGCACCCCACCAGCCUACAUUUCAGCGUUACGCUUACCUUGGAGGAAACACUCACACCUUCAGGGACCUCCUGGUGUUCAUGUUAAACUAGUUCUGACAAGAAGACAUGCAGAUAGAUCAUGUCAGAACAAGAAAAGCACUUUGGCUUACUUCAGUUCAUGUUUAGUUUCUUGGCUCUUUAAAAAGGGCACGAUCUGUAGAACUGUCAAGGAAUAAUUUGUAGUAUACAUUUCAGGAAAUAUGGUCAUCAUCUUCAUUAGAUAAAUACAUAAAUAAAACUCAGUGAAACAGCAAUGGCUGUACUUUAUGUCUGCACUAAAUACUUACUUACUCGCUGCAGUUACAACUAAGCAACAUUUAUUUUUUUAACAAAAACUCUUAAGAUAUGGAAAAUGAGUUCCGUAAAUGUGAAAAUGAAAUAGAAUUAAAUAAAAAGCUCACUUAUCCAGG